AAGGAACGUGAGGUGGGAAGAGCGCGCCUUCGCGGUCACGGCGAGGUCGGUGAGGAGAGAAUCGCAUCAGUCGCGUCUGUGGCUGCCCCCAGCUGCCCCCGCCAUCUCUUGCUGCCCCAUCUUCGCCCUUUCUAUCCUGAUGGGCAGUACUUGUAAUGCCAAUCCCCUUUCCAUGCUCGUCGCAGGCCGGCGGUUCAUUUCCUAAUCACAUAUUGUCUCCUAUCGAUCAGCUGCUUGUUCCAGCCUUCCAGGGCCCCUAUAGAGUGGCUUUCUUCGAGCUUCCAUCAUUCUCAUGACAGCCCUGACAAUCCCUGACGAUUUCGUGGUCGACCUGCACGACCUCGCCGCCAUUAUUCUUGACUGCCAUGCGCGCACCGAAGACAGGUUCACAGACACCCAGCUCGUAGAAGUCAACAAUGGCAACAGGCCGCUCGAGACUCUCCCCGACCACAUCCUCCCUCCCGAGUGGCACAUCCUCUUCGAAAACCAGCGCCGUGUCGCAUACAUCCUGCGCAAGAAUCCCCAACUCAGCACGCCUGUCACCCUAAACAACUUCGCGCAUCCCGAACAAUGCGUCCUCCCCGGCAGCCCGCGGGGCAAGCAGCGGCGCGAGCUGCUCGAAACCGCAUACUGGCGCUGCAAAGACUUCGACGCGGGCUAUCUCCUCACCUACGUCGCACAGAGGGUCUUUGAACGCCUCCCGCCCACUGCUCGCCUCCGCGCGCGCACGGCUACAGGGUACGAGAUGACCUGCGCGCCCGAUGAAGUAUUGAUCGCCGAGGUCGAGGUGCUCCCGCACACGGCGUGCGUCAUGGCUGUCUAUGAGCCGCGCCCCGAGCUCGGCCUCGCCAGUAUCGGCAUGGAGCAGCACCUCUCCGGGUUCGAUGGCCCCAUUCCCUGGGUGUACCUCGCCAUCGGUGUUCCGCAGUCGACGUACCUGACCAGGGACACGCGCGUCUUUCUCGACCUUGCGCUCCCCCAGAUCGGUGGGCGCGGCUCGGGCCAUGAGCCUUUCGCGCUGGAGCGCGGGUUCGAUUAUCACAACAGGGUGCUACACAAGUUCGCGGAUGAAUACGGGGAAGUUGUGCUGUCGAGCAAGCUAAGGCUCUCGCUGGCACCGCCUGCGUACCGGACGCGCGGAGACAUGCUGAUUGACAUGGUGGUGGAGCGGCUGGCUAAGAUCGCGGCGGGGCAGGACAACUUCUGCCGCUACUGCGGGAAGGACGGGAUCAAUACGCAGUGCUCAGUAUGCAAGGAAGCAUACUUUUGUGCGGACUGCCGUGUCCCUGGUUGGAAGUACCACAAGGUUUGGUGUGUCCCUGUCGCCAAAUAAGCACGGUGGCUCGGAAGGCGUCAUAACGAUGCAGGCCUGACUUACUGAAUUCUCCAUCUAAUGCAAUAUUUCGCAACGUCCGCACCUAGCGAAUUGAAGC